AUGGCCCUCAAGCUCAUCACCAUUUUCGGUGCCACCGGGAACCAGGGAGGUUCGGUGGCACGGUCAUUGCUGAAGAAUCCAGCAUUUCACGUCAGGGGAAUCACUCGCAAUCCCGAGUCAGACGCAAGCAAAGCUCUUAUCUCCCAAGGUGCUGAAAUGGUCCAGGCGAAUGGCCUUAAUCCCGACGAGAUGAAGGCGGCCUUUCGGGGGUCCUGGGGCGUCUUUCUGAACAUCAACUCAGAUGACAAGGCGUUCACUAACCCAGAGAACCCAAGUGAGUUUGACAUGGGUAAAAUUAUCGUGGAUGCUGCGGCGUCCGCGGGAGUGCAACAUUUCGUGUUUAGCUCUGGUCCUCCAUGCUCAGAGAUGACAAGUGGCAAAGUGUCAAUGAAAGCAAUGGACAUGAAGUACAAGACCGAGCAGUACCUCCGAAGUCUCGGGGCUUUCAAGUCGGUGCUUCCACUUGGUCCAGGGUGGUUUUUGGAAAACUUCCUUAGCAAAGAGGUGGCGCCUGUGUUUGGAGGAUUUCCUUAUUUCCCAAAUGACGCAGGACUUCUGGUUUUCUCUACGCCCUACUGGGGUGGGAAGGAAGACGUGCCCUGGCUGAGUAUCUCGGACGAUUUUGGAGACAUUGUGCAGGGUGCCUUGCUGGAUCCAGAAACCUGGAAUGGCCAUUUCAUCCAUGGACUCAGUGACAUACGCAGCUUCAAAGAGCUUACUGAGGACUUCCAAGAAGUUACCUCGCGCAGGGCAACUUGGUCCCCUAUCCAGCCUUCCUGGGAGGAAUUCCAGACACAUGGGAUUCAAGAACUGGAAGAUGUGAAGCUCAUGUUUGGCUUUACGCAGAUAACUGGCGGCAAAUACUUCGGUACUACUACGGAAUCCCACACCGCUAGUAAAUUGAAGAAGGCAACAGCUGUGGCGUUGGGGUAUCCGGAGGACAAACACGGUCUGGUGACCGUAAAGGAAUGGUUCGCAGCUCGAUUCGGAAAUGCCACUUGGUGCAAGGACAACGGAAUCACUGAGUAA